AUGGGCAGUGCCAGGGUUAAUGUGCCCCCCCCGGUCGCUGUCUCGUGUCCCUGCAGCGAGGUGGAUCUGGUGGUCGAAGUGGCUCAUCCCUGCGUGGUCCAGGACCACGGCGCCUCCUUCCUGUCCGGGGCAGACUUCAUGGUGGGUUCCCCCACGGCCCUGGCUGACCAGGCCACAGAGAUGCGGCUGCGGGAAGCUGCCCGGCAUGGGGGGCACACGCUGUAUGUGCCCCGGGGGGCGCUGUGGGGCAGCGAGGACAUCCAGCGGAUGGAUGACAGGGGCGUGCUGCAGGGCCUGAAGGUGACCAUGAUCAAGCACCCCGACAGCUUCCGGCUGGAGGGGGCGCUGAGGGAGCGGCUGGGGGCCGUGCGGGCCGUGCUGUACGAGGGGCCUGUACGGGGUCUCUGCCCCCUGGCCCCCAACAACGUUAACACCAUGGCGGCCGCUUGCAUGGCCGCCCCCAGCCUGGGUUUCGACGGGGUCCAGGGGUGCCUCAUUGCUGACCCCGGCCUCCCUGACUGGCACGUGGUGGAGGUGGAGGUGACCGGCCUGUCCGGCGAGCGCAGGGACCAGGCCUUCACGGUCACCACCAGCCGCAGGAACCCAGCCUUCCCCGGAGCUGUCACCGGCGCAGCUACCUUCCCUUCUUUCUGGAGCAGCCUGCUGGCCUGCCAGGGCCACCGAGGGCAUGUCGUUUUGUGCUGAUGCUGGUUUGGGGCCAGAGGGACCUGGCUGAAGCCA